GGUGUGCUUACCACAUUCGUGGCACUAACGCAGUCAUUGGGCCUUUGGAAUGGCGUGUUUCCCAUUUUGGGUACAUGGGCUGGUGGUCACGGGGUACGCAAACACAUUGGCUGGAUUCCUUUGCUUCUCGGAUGGUGUCUUUUGGCUCCAGUACCAGUUUUACUAAUGGUAUUUGCAACGGCCUCCUCCUACGAUCUAACUUAUCUACGCUGUCACCUGGGCACCGACUGGAUGGCACCCUUUGUGAUCAUACCCCACGUGCUUUCAAAGUUUUCAAGCAGCAGACUUCUCGCGGUGGCCUACUUCUUGGCGCUUUCAUUGUGUCUAUUGCUUUCACAAGUGAGUAUAUACACUUUUGAAGAGAGCGAGUUAUAG